AUGCCUUGGGGUCACAAGAGUAAGGUCCGCACCCGUGAGAAACGCCACCAGGCCGGAGGUGACUUCCAGAGUCACAGGAGAGUUCAGGCCAAUGCAGUAAUGGAAGAGCCCCGCUUCUCCUCUUCUGUUUUGGAAGAUAAUCCCCAGAGUUCAUCAGCUACUGGGUUUAACAGCACUUCCCAGGGGUCUUGGAAAGCCCCUUCUACCACCAUCACCUCUUCAAGAACUCUUAACACAAGAUCUGAUGAAGAUAACAGUCAAGAUAAGGAACACCCAUGUUCCCCUGAUGUCUCACCUUCUACUAAGAGCACAUACAGCGAUACUCUAACUAGGAAGGCAGAUUUGUUGGAGCAGUUCCUUCUGUACAAGUAUAAAAUGAAGCAGCCCAUUAUGAAGGAAGACAUGCUGAAGAUUGUCAACCAAAAGUAUCACAACCGAUUUGCUGAGAUUCUCAAGAGAGCCUCUGAACGCAUUGAGGCUGUCUUUGCAGCUGACUUGAAGGAAGUUGACUCAACCAUCCACUCAUAUGACCUUGUCAGCAAACUGAAACUCCCCAACAAUGGGAGGGUGCGUGCUGGCAGGGGGUUACCUAAGACCGGUCUCUUAAUGACAGUCUUGGGUGUGAUCUUCAUGAAGGGCAACUGUGCCACUGAGGAAGACAUGUGGAAAUUCCUGAAUAUGAUGCGAGUAUAUGCUGGGAGGAAGCACUUCAUCUAUGGGGAACCGAGGAAGCUCAUCACCAAAGAUUUCGUGAGGCUCAAGUACCUGGAGUACUGCCAAGUGGCCAACAGCGAUCCUCCACGCUAUGAGUUCCUGUGGGGCCCAAAAGCCCACGCUGAAACCACCAAGAUGAAAGUCUUGGAAUUUUUGGCGAAGGUCAACGAUACGGUUCCCAGUGUCUUUUCAUUACGAUAUGAAGAAGCUUUGCAAGAUGAGGAAGAGAGGGCUAGAGCCAGAAUUGCAGCCAGGCCUGGCACUACUGUCACUUAUGCAUGUUCCACGAUCAUGUCCAACAGCUUCUCCCACCCCUAUUGA